AAGAUUCAUUCUCUCAUCUUCAUCAUUAUCUCUCUUAAGAGUUUCACUUGUUUGUUUCAACUUUCAACUUUGAACUCUUCACUUUUUAAUCUCCUCCACUCUCUCUCUCUCUCUCUUGUUUCUCUCUUUCUAGUCUUUGUCCCCAUCAUUAUUAAAGCCCACUACACUUCUCUAUUCUGCUGCUUUAAUAUUCUUGGAAUCAAGCUACACACAUCUUUUCAAAGACUUGCUCUUUCAUGGUUCCAUUCAUUGGUGAUUGAUUCUUCAUUUCUUUUGUUUCAUUUUGAUUUACUGCUGGCUAGUGGUACAAUAAUCUUGAAUUCUUGAGUGUGAAGAACUCUAUUGGACUGUGCCAUCUAGUGAAGGAUAAUUACUUUUCAACAGUUUUCUUGUGCUUAUCACAUUACCAGUGAAAACAUGCCUAUAAGGCAGAUGAAAGAAGGCUCAGAACAACACAUUGUGAUCAAACCCCAGUUGCAAAACACCAUGAACCCACUUCAGAAAAACCCCAAGACUGCUCAAAAUGGGAAAGGGCCACCAAUCACAGAACCCCAAAACAACAAAAUCCAUAACACAACAUCAUCACCCCCAUCAAGAAACAGAGGAAGAAGAAGGGGAAGAGGAGGGAGAAAGUCAGAUCAAGGUGAGGCCUUUAUGAGGCCAAGUUCAAGGCCUUGCACAGCAGCAAGCAAGCCAGUUAUAGUAGCAGCAGAAAAUGUGUUAAAUGUGUCAGUCAGCAGCAGCUCAUGUCAAUUAGUGGCUACUGGUUCAGGAUUUCCUUCUUCAAGCAAGUCUUUGUGUUUUGCCCCAAGACCAGGUUAUGGCCAACUGGGGACAAAAUGCAUUGUAAAAGCAAACCAUUUUUUGGCUGAAUUACCAGACAAGGACUUAAACCAGUAUGAUGUUACUGUAACCCCUGAAGUGUCAUCAAGAAGUGUAAACAGAGCAAUCUUAGCAGAACUGGUGAAACUGUACAAAGAAUCAGAUCUAGGGAUGAGAUUACCAGCUUAUGAUGGCAGGAAAUCUCUCUACACUGCUGGUGAACUUCCUUUUAAGUGGAAGGAGUUCACCAUUAAGCUUAUUGAUGAAGAUGAUGUAAUCAAUGGUCCAAAGAGACAAAGAGAAUAUAAAGUGGUGAUUAAGUUUGUCGCAAGAGCGAAUGUACAUCAUUUGAGCCAAUUUCUAGCUGGUAAGCGUGCCGAUGGUCCACAAGAAGCUCUUCAAAUUCUGGAUAUUGUUUUGAGAGAGCUUUCAAUCAAGAGGUAUUGUCCUGUUGGAAGAUCUUUCUUUUCCCCUGAUAUCCGGAAACCUCAGCCUCUUGGCGAUGGUUUAGAAGCAUGGUGUGGAUUCUACCAGAGCAUCAGACCUACCCAAAUGGGCUUGUCCCUUAAUAUUGAUAUGGCUUCAGCUGCAUUUAUUGAAGCACUACCAGUGAUAGAGUUUGUAGCCCAGCUUCUUGGAAAAGAUGUGUCGUCAAGACCCUUAUCUGACUCUGAUCGUGUAAAGAUCAAGAAGGCUCUUAGAGGAGUGAAAGUAGAAGUGACACAUAGGGGCAAUGUCCGGAGAAAGUAUCGAGUUUCAGGACUAACAUCCCAGCCCACAAGAGAACUAGUUUUUCCUGUUGAUGAUAAUUCAACGAUGAAGUCAGUAGUGGAAUACUUCCAAGAAAUGUAUGGCUUUACUAUCAAGUAUACACAUCUUCCAUGCCUUCAAGUAGGGAACCAAAAGAAAGCCAACUAUUUACCUAUGGAGGCAUGUAAAAUUGUUGAGGGACAACGAUACACUAAAAGGUUGAGUGAAAAGCAAAUUACUGCUCUGUUGAAGGUCACGUGCCAAAGACCAAGAGAUCGUGAGAACUCGAUUUUGCAGACUGUUCAACACAAUGAUUAUAAUGAAGACCCAUAUGCAAAGGAGUUUGGGAUCAAAAUCAGUGAAAAGCAAGCAUCGGUGGAAGCUCGCGUGCUGCCUGCUCCAUGGCUAAAAUAUCACGAGACUGGGAAGGAGAAAGAUUGUCUGCCUCAAGUUGGGCAGUGGAAUAUGAUGAAUAAGAAAAUGAUCAAUGGAAUGACCGUUAGCCGUUGGGCUUGCAUCAAUUUUUCACGAAGUGUCCAAGAGAGUGUUGCUCGUGGCUUUUGUAACGAACUGGCUCAGAUGUGUGAAGUCUCUGGAAUGGAGUUCAAUCCGGAACCAGUAAUUCCAAUAUACAUGGCCAGGCCGGAUCAAGUAGAGAAAGCCUUGAAGCAUGUUUAUCAUGCAUGUGUAAACAAGCUAAAAGGCAAAGAACUUGAGCUUCUAUUGGUCAUUCUUCCAGAUAACAACGGAUCCCUGUAUGGUGACAUAAAGCGGAUAUGUGAGACUGAUCUUGGUUUAAUAUCCCAAUGCUGUCUGACAAAGCAUGUGUUCAAGAUCAGCAAACAAUAUUUGGCAAAUGUCUCCUUGAAGAUUAAUGUCAAGAUGGGUGGUCGAAAUACUGUCCUGUUGGAUGCUAUUAGCUGUAGAAUACCAUUAGUAAGUGAUAUUCCUACCAUCAUAUUUGGAGCAGAUGUGACUCACCCAGAAAAUGGAGAAGACUCUAGCCCUUCAAUUGCUGCAGUAGUAGCUUCUCAGGAUUGGCCUGAGGUGACAAAAUAUGCUGGCCUUGUUUGCGCUCAAGCUCAUAGACAGGAACUCAUACAAGAUUUGUACAAGACAUGGCAUGAUCCUGCACGUGGAACAGUUAGCGGUGGCAUGAUAAGGGAUCUCCUUGUAUCCUUCAGAAAGGCUACUGGCCAAAAGCCACAAAGAAUAAUCUUUUAUCGGGAUGGAGUGAGCGAAGGGCAAUUUUAUCAAGUACUUCUUUUUGAGUUAGAUGCAAUUAGGAAGGCUUGUGCAUCUUUAGAGCCAAAUUACCAACCACCAGUAACUUUUAUUGUGGUACAGAAACGGCAUCACACCCGUCUAUUUGCUAACAAUCACAAGGACAGGAGUAGCACGGAUAGGAGUGGAAACAUAUUGCCUGGUACUGUGGUUGAUACAAAAAUCUGUCAUCCAACAGAGUUUGACUUUUAUCUUUGUAGCCAUGCCGGCAUUCAGGGUACAAGUCGACCGGCUCAUUACCAUGUUCUGUGGGAUGAGAACAAUUUCACAGCAGAUGGAAUCCAGUCCUUGACUAACAAUCUCUGCUAUACAUAUGCAAGGUGCACGCGUUCUGUCUCUGUGGUUCCUCCAGCAUAUUAUGCACAUUUAGCUGCAUUUCGAGCUAGAUUCUACAUGGAACCGGAGAUGGCAGAAAAUGGUGGCAGUCCUCAUAAAGGGGGCAAGGCUAUAAGAGAAGGUGGAGAGAGUGGUGUUCGGCCAUUGCCUGCGCUAAAGGAAAACGUGAAGAGAGUAAUGUUUUAUUGUUAGGAAGAGAAACAUGGAGGGAGUAGCAAAUAGGUAAUGGGAGUAGUAGUAGUAGUAGGUGUUAACAGACCACAUGCAUCUAUCUUUCUUUGUAUGUGUAUGUUUGAUCGUCAUCCUAGGUUAAUUUUCAUGUCAGUUUUAAUGAUGUAUAGCGGCUCUAUUUUCAUUUACUGGUAUUUAGCUAAUGGCAGCAGUAACAGAAUAAUCCAAUGUCCUUAUCAAUCCAAA